CUAUCCAGGUCCACCUGCGUGUCUUCGAGCGAUGCUCAGCCCCAGCUGGGUCUCUUAUCAUCCAUGCUUUCCACUUAGUGUGACCAUUUCACCCAACUGACUGGAAACCCGGCUGAAACAAUGGGAGCGUUCGGAGUGAUGAUGAAGAUUGUGCAGUACGUAGGACUUUACCUGCAACUUAACGCAGCUCUCGGUCACGGAUACGCAGAGAUGGAUAAUCACAUCUCUGGAAAUGCUCGCUUUACAGAAGUCCCACAUGAUAUCACAACCCACAGCGGGGAGGAUGUGGAGAUGGCUUGCUCCUUCAUAGGGGCAGGUUCUCCUUCCUACUCUCUGGAGAUCCAGUGGUGGUGCAUCAAGGACCAGACAGACUUGCAAGAGAAGCUGGAGCAUAUCACUAAUAAUGUAGCAACUCUGGAGGAGAUGUUCAAAGACGCCACCAAAAUCAGUGUGGUGAAAGUGGCUGGCAGCAACAUUUCUCACAAACUCCGUCUGUCCAGCGUCAAACCCUCAGAUGAAGGCAUGUACGAGUGCCGUGUCAUCGACUACAGUGACCCUGUGGCACAGCGCCACCGUGUCCGGGCCUUCCUCCGGGUGGUGCCUGAGAACAGUCCGGAGUCACACGAUAUGCCGAUGCCUGAACAAGGACAGCGGCCACAGGGGAAUCACAGAGGGCAGGGCACCGAGGGAGAGAUCCACUGACUGUAAAGAGAGCUGUGUGCGUCCACGUGGCUAAUCUGCCCAUCUGCAUGUUCAUGACUUAUCCCUGCGAGGGAGGACUGACAUCAGCACUCAAGUCGCUGGAACCUGUGUGUUUCAUAAUUUUUGUUUUUGUCUGUCAACGUGGUUGUUUGAAAGGGAGUCCUGCUGAAUGCAAGUAACAACGUGCACCAUAAAUAAAUAAAUACAUUUUCCCUUAGUAAUCCCACAAAGGAGAAAUUCUUUCUCUGCAUUUAACCCAUUUUCUAGACGAACUAGUAGCAGUGGUCCAGCGCCCGGGGAGCAGUAAGGGUUAAGUGGUUGACCUCGGUAGCAAUCCAGUGGCUUGAACCUGGUCCUCCAGACUCCAGCCCUCCUCUGUAACCAUAGGCUACCACUCCCCCACCCAGCACAUCUGUAGGAUGAUAAUGAUGAUUAUACUUCUUCCCAUUGCUUGAAAUUCAUGUUAUGUUGUGUUUUGUUGAUCUAAUAUCAAGGGGUUGAUAUGAAUUAGGGGCUUUUCUUGUUUUAUGGUGGAUAUCCUAAGUACAGUAGUUAACGUUUCAUGGUGGAUGUGCAGAAUAGAGCACUGCAGUCGUGUCAGCUGCAACAUUUCAAUCAAAAUUUUUUAAAGCAAGUAAGAAUGCAGGUUUUUUAAAAUAAUUUAAUUAUCAUUCAUUUGAAAAAUCCAUAAAUUGCAAUGAUUUGAUUCCUGUAAUCCGUUGUGUGAAAAUAUAAUGCAUUUAGUUUUCUGAACCAACACUUAAACUAAAAGUUUGUCAAAUGCAAAUAUUUGCUUUCAUCAGAUCCAAACAACAUGAGAAGUUUAUGUUCAGCCUAAUAAUGAAGUUAUUCAGUGCUGGUUGGCCAAAUGAUAAAACGUAACUACCGGUACAUCACUGUUAGUUACAUCAAAAUCUUAACAUAAUUUCCCUAACAAAUGUGUAACUUUUUGUGUUUAAGCUUUCGUGGAAAUACUUUCU